AUGAUAGGAAAGAAAGAAAUAUAAAUUUCCAAUGCAACAAGAGAUAGAGUAGAGGCAUGUAGAAUAUAUAUUGAGCGUAUGAAAACAUGAUUAUUUAAAUAGGUAAAUACGCAAAAUAAAUUGAAGAAGAAUAACAAUAAUUAUAAGGGUGGUAACAGUUAUCUAAAUUAAUGGAUUCGCUUCAUAUGAAUGCAAAAGAGUAGGAAAUUAUAAAAAAAGAUAUAUUAAAGAAAGAAGCUGAGUAAAUGAGAAAGAAGUAAUAAAUAUUCAAAAAUUGAUAGGAGGAUGAGAUUAAAUAUUGAAGAUUUUUAACCUUUGGCUAUAAUAGGAAGAGGUGCAUUUGGUGAAGUAAGAUUAUGUAGACAUGUACCAUCAUAAUAAAUAGUGGCUGUAAAGAAGAUGAAAAAGCAUGAGAUGAUAUAUAAAAAUUAGAUAGGUCAUGUUACAAAUGAAAGAAAAGUAUUAGAAGAAGCAAAAGGUAAUAAUUGGAUAGUAGAAAUGAAGUGUUCAUUUUAAGAUGAAAAGAAUUUAUAUUUAGUAAUGGAAUAUUUACCAGGAGGAGAUUUAAUGACAUUAUUGAUGAAGAAAGAUAUUUUAUCAGAAGCAGAAGCUCGUUUUUAUAUGGCUGAAUUAGUUUAAGCUGUUUCAUCAGUACAUAAACUAGGGUUUAUUCAUAGAGAUUUAAAACCAGAUAAUAUUUUACUUGAUAAUAAUGGACAUAUAAAAUUGUCAGAUUUUGGUUUAUGUAAAGAUGCUGAAUUACAUUUCGAUAAACCAGUAUUUUCAUCUAAAUUUAAAUAAAAAUAAACUAGAAGAGAAGUAUCAUUUAAAUUCAUUUGUUAUUUUAGAAAGCAUUUUCAACAGUUGGUACACCUGAUUAUAUAGCUCCUGAAGUAUUUUUAUAAUAAGGAUAUAAUGAAACUGUAGAUUGGUGGAGUGUAGGAGUUAUUUUAUAUGAAAUGCUUAUUGGAUAUCCACCAUUUUAUACUGAUGAUCCUGCUACUACUUGUUAAAAGAUUAUUAGAUUUUAAUAAUGUUUUACAUUUCCAGAAGAACCAAAAAUAUCAUAAUUAGCUAAGGAUUUAAUUACUAAAUUAGUUUGUGAUACUAAUAAUAGAUUAAAGUUUGAAUAAAUUAUUAGACAUCCUUGGUUUGGUGGAUUAUCAAUUAUUAAAAUUAGAGAAAUGAAAGCACCUUAUAUUCCUACUGUUAGAAGUGAAUUAGAUACUAGCAAUUUUGAUAAAUAUGAAGAAGAAGAACCAUGGAUUAAUAAAGGAUAUUAAAAUACUAAAAAAGAAAUGACUUUUGUUGGAUAUACAUACAAACAACAAGAUUUUUAAGAAAAAACUCCAAUCUAAAAAGCUUUAGAAGAACUUGAAUAUUCUAAACCUUCCAAUUCAAGAGCUAAUACUAAAUCUACUAAUUCACCAUUUUAAACACCUAAUUUAUAAUUCAAAAGUUCUAUCAAUAAAUUAACUCCAUCUACUUAAUAAAUUAAAUCUUUAAGUACUACUUAAUCUCCUUUUAUUAAAUAAUAAGCUGUUUCUCCUAUCCCAUUAAGUAAAAAUACUAUUUUUAAAAAAUCAUUCUUAAAUAAUAGACUUUAAACAGAAUAGAAUGAAAGUUUUAACCAAAUUAAUUAAUAGCAUCUAUCAACACAAGGCAAUUAGAAUAAUGAAAACUCAAAUCCUAAUGCAAAUUCACAAAAUAUUAAAAAUUUUAUAUUUUCAAAAAUCUAACAACAUACAUCCAAUAAUCAAUAAACUAAUAAUAAUAGCAGUAUUUAAAAAACUGUGCAAUUUAAUGUAGAUUUAUAAAAAUUAGUUUAAAAUUAAAAAUUGAAACCAGAUAAACCAGAUAAACCAGAUAUGGAAUAAACAAAGUUAAAUAGUAAUGCAUGUAAUAAUAUUAAUGCAUUAAAAUAAAACAUAAUGAAUUAAAUUAGAGCUAUUAGUCCUUUAACAAAAAGAUGA